GUUCAAUUGACCAAGGUACAACAUCUUCUCGUUUUUUGAUUUUUGAUCAAAAUGGAGUUGUAGUGACUUAUCAUCAAAUUGAGUUCAGUCAGUAUUACCCUAAUCCUGGUUGGAUUGAGCAUGAUCCAACAGAUAUCCUAGGCUCAGUGGAGAAAUGUAUUGAAGAAGCCAUAAAAAAAUUCAAAGAGAAAGGUCAUUCCGUCCAUGACAUCAAAGCUAUCGGAAUUACAAAUCAACGUGAAACAACCUUAGUGUGGGAUAAAGUGACUGGGAAACCCCUUUAUAACGCAAUUGUGUGGUGUGAUAUUCGCACUCAUGAAUUAGUUCAUAAAUUAAAUGGGAAGUCCUCCUUGGGAAAAGAUGUUCUAAAGGAAGUUUGCGGUUUACCGAUUACCACUUACUUCUCUGCAGUAAAGUUAAGGUGGUUAAUUGAUAAUGUUCCGGAGGUUGAAUAUGCUCAUGAUAAUGGAACUUUAAUGUUUGGAAAUGUUGAUACUUGGCUAAUUUGGAACUUAACGGGAAAGUGUGCUGGUGGGCUACAUAUCACUGAUGUUACUAAUGCAUCCCGCACUAUGUUUAUGGACAUAAAAACAUUAGAGUGGAGCAAACAAGCUCUAGAAUUUUUCGGAAUUAGAAGUGAUUGCCUUCCUCGGAUAUGUUCAUCAUCUGAGGUUUAUGGUCACGUAAAAACUGUGGAAUCUAUAAAAGACGUUCCUAUAGCCGGUGACUUAGGUGAUCAACAGGCCGCACUGGUUGGACAAAAGUGCUUCCACCGUGGUGAUGCAAAAAAUACUUAUGGCACCGGUUGUUUUAUGUUGUUUAAUACUGGAACAGCUCCUGUGAUUUCCAAAACCGGUCUUCUCACGACUGUUGGUUACAAGUUUGGUAAAGAACCAACAGCUUAUGCUCUUGAAGGUUCGAUUGCCGUAGCUGGUUCAGCCGUCAAGUGGAUUCGUGAUAAUUUAGGAAUUAUCGGGGAAACCCAUGAGAUUAAUGAACUGGCUUCCAAAGUUGAAGAUACGGGUGGUGUAUAUUUUGUCACUGCGUUUUCAGGACUUUUUGCUCCUUAUUGGCGUGAUGAUGCUCGGGGUUGCAUAGUUGGAAUCACUCAAUACACCAACAGGUAUCACAUCGCUCGUGCCACCCUUGAGGCUGCUUGUUAUCAGACAAAAGCGAUAUUGGAUGCUAUGAAUUCAGACUCCGGCCAUCCUUUGAAGUCUUUAAAGGUAGAUGGUGGUAUGACGAAUUCGGAUCUGUGCAUGCAAAUUCAAGCAGAUAUUCUCGGUAUUGAUGUUGAUCGCCCAGAGAUGCGAGAGACGACUGCUCUGGGUGCUGCAAUAGCCGCUGGAUAUGCUGUUGGUGUAUGGAAAUCACUAGAUGAAUUGAAUCAAGUUAAUAAUGAAGGUUGGGCGGUGUUUUCACCCCAAAUAACUCAAGAAACUUCUGAGGAACGAUAUAAUUCUUGGAAAAAGGCAGUUGAAAGAAGUUUUGAUUGGGUCUAA